AUGGCAUCACCAUCUCUCGCGCGAUGUUCCCAACGCUCCGAUCGUCGCAUCCUUUCAUCCACCAGCGGCAGCGGCUUCUCGUCAGAUUCAGGACGGGUGCGAGUGGCCGUCAGAGUCAGGCCUAAAAGUGAUGAGGAUAUAUAUUACGACUCUGAAUUUAUUGAUUGCCUUGAGUUACAACCGGAGCUGAGGAGGCUUAAGCUUAAAAAGAAUAAUUGGAGUUCAGAAUCCUAUAAAUUUGACGACAUUUUCACAGAGACGGCUUCUCAAAAACGAGUUUAUGAAGCAGUUGCAAAGCCUGUUGUCGAGAGUGUAUUGAGUGGUUACAAUGGGACUGUGAUGGCUUAUGGUCAAACUGGUACUGGUAAAACAUACACAAUUGGCAGCCUCGGAAUUGACAAUUCUUCUGAACGUGGUAUAAUGGUUAGAGCUAUAGAGGAUGUUCUUGCGGAAAUUUCUCCUGGUCUUGAUACACUUUCAAUUUCUUACUUACAGUUAUAUCUAGAAUCUAUACAAGACCUACUAGCACCUGAUAAAAGUAACAUUUCCCUUACCAAAGACUCCAAAUCUGGAGAAGUUUGCUUUCCUUGUGCCACAGUUGUUGAAAUCAGUGAUACUGACCAAUUUCUUCAAGUGUUGCAAAUUGGUGAAAGAAAUCGCCAUGCUUCAAAUACAAAGAUGAAUGCAAGGUCUUCAAGGAGUCAUGCAAUUCUUGUGGUUCAUAUACAGAGAUCUUCAAAGGGGAAUAAUGAAAAUGAAUUUCUAUCGGCGACCAUGAAUAAUGAUGAAGAAUCUUCACAGAUGUCCACUCUUUUAAAAAGCAAGCUGCUAAUCAUUGACCUUGCCGGAUCAGAGCGGAUAGAUGAAUCUGGUGUUGAUGGUCACAUGCUCGAAGAGGCCAAAUUCAUAAAUCUUUCUCUAAAUUCCCUUGGUAAAUGCAUAAAUGCUUUAGCUGAAAACAGUCCUCAUAUUCCAACAAGAGACUCCAAGCUCACUAGGCUGCUAUCUGAUUCAUUUGGAGGAACUGCACGCACAUCCCUUAUCAUUACAGUUAGUCCGUCAGCUCGGCAUUACUCACAAACUUCAAGUACAAUCAUGUUUGGGCAGAGGGCAAUGAAGGUAUCAAACGUAGUCAAAUUAAAAGAAGAAUAUGAUUCUGAGAACAAAUACAGAAAGCUUCAGUGCCAGAUAGAUAAUCUUACAUCUGAAGUGGAAAGACAACACAAAGAUAAACUGCAGCUGGAGAGGAGAUUAUAUGAGCGUGAGCUGACUCUAGCUGAAGCCGAAAACAAGCUAGUUGAAGCUGAAAAGAAGCUAGCUCAAGCUGAAGAGAAGCUUGCUGCAAUAUCCGAGGGCCAAGUUGAGGACUCUUCCUAUCAGGUGACACUUGCUUUGAAUGAGAUGAGAAAACUAGAAGAGGAGCGUUCUCCUCAUGAAAACGUAGAGGAUGAGCUAAUUGAACUUCUGAACUAUGGUACCGCGAAAUUUGCCGAGGCAACAAAUAAAAUCAAUUUGCUGAUCCAAUUGGAAAAUCAUCAGUCUGCUGCUGCCAAUCCAAGAGCUCAUGCUAUGGUUAUUUGGUUUGCUUUGUUGCUCCUUACUCUGUUUCUUCUGUAUUUUCUUAGGUAACAAUCAACUUGUUUUUGUUCUGAAUCAAGGGGACAUGUUGAUCGAGUUAUGUGAAUAUUAGUAUGUUGCAAGAUAUUUUGAUCAAAAUUUUGAUCGAAAUUUGAUUAGAAUGAAA